AUGUCAACGCAGGGCUCUGCUAGCCAGCUAGUAAAUUUUUUUAUUUUCCAAUUGGAUAUUUGUUUUACUAUAAUUUCAUUCAUUGCAAAGUAUUGGAUUUUUUCAAGGUUUUCUCUUAAAGUCCAACAUAAAUAAUUUAAGUGUAUUUAAAGAAUCUCAUUAGAAUUAUUUCGACAAAUAUUAAUUGUUAUAAUUAAAAAAAGAAAGAUAAAACUAUGCCCGUCCGAAAAUAUCGACAUGAAACAAGAGAAGUAAAUUGUUGCAUGAAAUAUGUAUUGUUUGUUUGCAAUACAUUGUUAUGGAUGACUGGUUUAAUUAUACUAGCGGCUGGCAUUUGGGCAUGGAAUGAAAAAGACACCUUCAGCAAUUUAAACAAGUUGACCCUGUUGGUGUUAGAUCCGGCCUUCGUACUAAUAUGUAUUGGUAGUUGUGCAUUUUUAAUUGGUUUUACGGGGAGUGUAGGAGCCCUGCGUGAAAAUACAUGUCUAUUAGCAACUUUUAUUUUACUAGUGUGUAUUUUACUCGUCGUGGAAGUUUGUUUUGGUGUCAUGUAUCUUGUAUUGAAAGACAAAGGCUGGAUAAAAGAUCAAGCCACUGAGGGCUUGCGCGCCUUUAUUAUACAUUAUCGGGAAGAUCCCGAUCAACAGAAUCUUAUUGAUUGGAUACAAGAAGACUGGCUGCAAUGUUGUGGCAUUGAUGGUCCCAAAGAUUGGGAUAGCAAUAAUUAUUUUAAUUGUUCCUCUUAUGCCAUUGGCAGCCGGGAGGCUUGCGGUGUACCAUUUUCUUGCUGCCGACGGCAAUCACACGAAUUAAUUAAAAACAAACAAUGUGGUUAUGAUGUACGCAAGGAGGGCUAUAAACAGAUAGAAACUUUUGAUGGAAACUUUGAUCGAUUUGCCAGUCAAAUGACCGGUUAA